ACUCGUAAGAGAUUCCGAAGGCCAGCCAUCCCUGAGAUGCCAGAUGACCUUGUAUCGGAGAUCCUGGUUCGACUCCCAGUGAAAUCUCUCCUGCGCUUCAAGUCAGUGUGCAGGACCUGGCACACCACCAUCUGCAGCCCAUCCUUCAUUAGCAUGCACCUCCAGCGCGCAGUGUCCAACCACCAGCGCCAUCAGUGUUUCCUGCUCACGCCGUAUUUUCUGGCAGAAGAUUCGAGCAAUAUCAGCCUAUACAGAUGGCAAAAGAGUCAAGCCAGCGCAAGUCUUGCAUACACACUCAACUUCUUCGAAGGAGCUUCGGUGCGAGUAUACAUUCUUGGACAUUGCAACGGACUCGUGCUAGUUCCCACCAGCACCAAAAUGUAUGUCCUCAACCCCUCCACUAGGGAACUUCUGACACUGCCUGAGAGCAUCCGCAGUAUGCUACAGCCAUCCUCCAUAUGUCGCGCCAUUGUUGGUUUUGGUCUUGAUUCAUUUACAAACAAGUACAAGGUCGUUCGGUUCUUUAAGUAUUCACUGGAUGAGGCCCGAAUGGGAAUGGAGAUUUGUACAAUCAGUGAAACCGGCAGAGCUUGGAGGCGCAGUGAUGUGGAUCCACCAUACCCGCUUAGCGGCUGGCAAACCGCUACAUUCUUCCAGGGUUCUCUUUUCUGGAUCCUCGAUGGGCCUGAUCUAAUACAAUCUCCAGAGAGCCGAUUGCUUCGUUUUUGCUUAAAAGAGGAAGUGUUUAGCUUAACUAUGCAGCCCCCAUCCCCUGAUCUUGACCAUGACGACUUCGCCUUAAACGUGCUACAUGGUGAAAUGUGCCUAGCUCAGUUUGACUCUUCUCAGCGAACAGUGCUCUGGAUGACAAGUGAUGCUGUGAACCCGCAAUGGUAUCGCCGAUGCAUCCUUAAUAUUGAUACCUCCUUCGCCAUAUCGAUUUCACACUGUGGAGUGCUUUUGGUGGAUCUGCAUCGAGUCUUCCAAUAUGAUUUCCAAAGUAAGAAAGCAGAGGAUGUGGCUCACUUGGAUGGCCUAAAGUAUGAUGGACCUGGGUCAUCCACCAUUAAGUAUGCGUGCCAAAACUCGAUGUACAUCGGUGUACUUCCCUGCAUUGAAAGUCUUGUUCCCUUAGCCAUUGCAAGAUGA